AUGCCAGCAGAGGGGCGCAUAACGAAGCCGUGCCCGACGUGCGGCGGGCUCUUCACGCUGCGCAGCCUGCGCGAGCACCUGCAAAGCAGCCACCUGGGCACGUUCUGCUUCUUCCCGGGGUACGACGAGGUGCGUCUCGAGCGCGAGGACGACGCGCGCAUGACGGACGCGCUGAUGCGCGCCAACGAGCAGCAGGGCGGCGGCCCGAACCGCGGCGGCACAGAGUUCGUCUGCUGCUGGCAGGGCUGCAAGCAGGGGCGCGGCCACUCGUAUGACCGCCUCACGUCGCUGAAGCGGCACUUGCGCACGAAGCAGCGCGAGGAGUACCGCCGGUACCUCAACGACGCGAGCGGCGGCAUCAGCUUCACCGCGCCACAGGCGCCGCCGCAGCAACAGCAACAGCAACAGCAGAUCAAUUACCAGGUCUUGCAGGCGUGGAAUAACCUGCACGUCAACGUAGCGCUGCUCGUGGCGAAGUUCCAGUGCCUGGAGAUCCUGGUCACGCCGUGGGGGGCGGCGGCGGGCCCGGAAGAGGAGGUCGGGCUCGGCCGGCUGCAGCGCAUCCUCGACGACGUGAUGAAGACGGACGGCCUGGUGGACGCGGCGAUCGAGUACGUCGAGAGCGUGGCCAACAGCCAGAAGACGGCGGCCGGCUGGGAGCAGCUCGUCCGCACGAGGCAGGAGUGGCACAAGCUGCUUUCGGCUUGGGCGUACAACGCCGACCCGAACCUGGAUCACUUUUACGAGUGGGCUUGCUUGAACACGCUUCUCGGCCAGAUGACGCAGACUAUUGAGCAGAUCAAGGCUUGUUGA